AGCCUGUCUGUAUAGAUGAAAUACACUGAGAAAGAAGACAGGACACUAACUAGAGCUGCUGCACUUUAGACCAAAAUCACUUAAAGGACCUGCGCCCAAACUCCUCUAUAGUACUCAGGCUGUCCCUAUUGUCUCCAUAGUUAGAAUACUGAGGACCAUGAAGACCCCUCUCUGGUCCCUGCUGCUGCUGUGUCUGUGUGUCCCGGGACACUGUGGUGAAUGCCAUGGGGACUGCCUGGCCUGUGGCCGCAUCCUGCCGCAGGAGAUCAACUUCAACACACUGGUGUGUCUGGUGGAGUGUGAGGGUAACGUCUCCCCUGCCUUCACUUGGGACAUGUGCCGCAAGGCCUCAGCCUCCCCACAGUUACCCUCCCUGCCCAUAGGGGGCGCUGCCAUGCUGACGCGGGUCCAGAAGGAGGUGGAGGCCAUGCUGCCAGAGGAAGAGGAGGAACAGGGGGAAGGGGGGCUGAUGUACCCAGUAGCCCUGCAGAGGUUUGACCACGUGGUCCGUGCUCUGGGCAUAGACGAGUUGGGCAGUGAGAGCCGGCUAACCGCUGAUGUCUACAACUCCCAGCUGCCCCAGGAAAUGCAGGAAAGGGACGAGGAAGAGGGGGACGAGGAAGAGGGGGAUAACGCGAUGGAGAGAGAGCAGGACGGAGCGGCGGGGAUAAGUCUGUCGAAGCGCUUCGGGGGGUUCCUGAAGGGAAGGCAUGGCUACAGGAAGUUGAUGGGCCCCGGGAGGCCCUUGCAGAAGCGCUACGGCGGGUUCAUAGGCGUCCGGAAAUCUGCCCGCAAGUGGAACAACCAGAAACGGUUCAGUGAGUUCCUGAAGCAAUACCUGGGCAUGAGCACCCGAGCUAGCAAGUCCUACAACAGCGUCUCUGCUGACAUCACCCAACAGAACAAGGUGUAGCAACGCACACGGCAACUGUAUCCCUGGCAAUGACGCACAUGUCGUAACCUAGCAACCCCCAACCCCGCCCUACAUAUUCAAAUCUGUCACCAAGGUGAUGAUUAAACUUCUGUUCUGAACACAACCCCUCAUGAAAAUCCACACUGGAGCAUUAUAGAUUCAGUCUUGUAUACUGCAUUUCCUCAUUGAUAACAAUAACAUAUUAUGAAUAAAAGCUAAGAAAAUAGUUUAAAAAAAGACCAUGUAUAUAGCUAAAUGGUUUAUCAGAGAAUCACAUUGGAUUAAUAUUAUAGACACACGAACACACUGUAUUUGUUUUGCUGUCUAUACUGCAUCUGUAAUGUAACUUUUCAAACCAUGUUUGCCUUCAUCAAUUAUGGCUAUUAUUAUUACAUAGGCUAAUUCAGUGUAAACUUCAGGAAUUUAAAUGACUUACUAGUGAAGUUUCCAUGGAUUUCCUGAACCAGUACAGUACAUGAGAGGGAGAUUGUUUGGUGACUGGGCAUGGCACUCUCUUUGUUAGGUUACCCUCUAGUGGCGAAUACAAAAAUGACUUUCAGAUUUCCAAUUGAAAAUGCACUAAAAUAUGUUCAUGACUAUCUUAUAUAAUAUAAUAUAAUAUAUAUUAUAACACCAUCUCAGUAUUAGGUUUGUGGAUGGCUUGUAACCUAUUCACAUCUUCAGAACUAUUCUCCAAACUUCAAUUUCAACCCUGGCUACUAUGAUUUGGAGCAAAACAUCACAAUUAACUGUUACUACUGCGUAAGACUUAAAUUAUAUAUCCAUGCUCAUGUACCAAUGAUCUGUUGGCAAAACUAAUGUUCUGACUUGAGAAUCAACCUUGGCAUGUGUUUUUUGAAGCAGACGCAGAUGUAGCCUAGGUCUAUUCACUCAGUUCAAGUGUUAACCAGCAUAGUGCAUGUUUUGACGGUGUUGGAGGUGGAACUGCGUUGGAGCUGUCAAAUCUGUGAGCAACUGCUCUUGCCAUCAUUGUCACCAAGCCACACCCGCCCCACUAGUGUUAAAAGUUCAGAGAAAGUGUAGGCCAUGGUUCCCCAACUGGAGGCCCAACAAUUCAAAUAAAAUAAUUGAACAUAAAAGACAAAAAACAGCAGCAAAUCAGCUCCAAGUGAUUUAAAUUGAGGAAAUCUGUUCCAACUACUCCCACACAUAGAUAUGUGAUCAUAUACGAAUGUAAGAAACGUUAUGUUUUAGGCAAACUUCAUAUCUGUUUGGGCUUCUUGCAGUCUUCAAAUGAUUUGUAAUUAUGUUCAGGCCCCCAGACCAUCUGCUCAAGAAAAGAAAAUCAGCCCUCGAUUGAAUGUAGUUGAUGAUCCCUGGUGUAGGCUAUAAAGAAAUAGUUACUCUUACAUUCCAGUGUUCCAACUUGUAACCAAGGCUGCAUGGGAUUUCUCUUAAUGUACAGCCAACAGCAAUGUCCGCUUUAGGAUGAAUGCCAGGAGCCGCUUGUGGAGUUGGCAUCUCUGACGCAGUUCCUACCCUACUGUAUGUAUGAACUGUGGUCUGAGUUAUUACGUGAAACCAUUUUGUUGUGCAGUAUAAAACCUGUAAAUAG